AAGGGAAUUCCAGACCAACAUCAGUAAGCAGCAACAAUGGCUGAUGCAGAACCAUGGAAGACCGUCACGAUACCCCCAAUUGUGCAAGAGCUGGUGACUAGCGUGCAGGAGCCACCGAGUCGGUAUGUGAUUCCUGAGCAAAACCGCGCAGCCCUGGCUGGUUCUGAGAUGCUUGAUCCCAUACCCAUCAUUGAUCUCAGCCGGCUGUCUAGUAACGCUGAUGAGGUUUCCAAGCUGCGGUCCGCCUUGGAGAACUGGGGCCUAUUCCUGGCUGUUGGACAUGGAAUGGAGCCAGGUUUUCUUGGUGAGGUGAUGAAAGUGACUAGAGAUUUUUUCAAGCUACCACUAGAAGAGAAGCAGAAGUACUCAAACUUGGUGAAUGGUAAUGAAGUCAGGAUUGAAGGUUACGGGAACGAUAUGGUCGUAUCAGAGAAACAGAUCCUAGACUGGUGUGACCGCCUCUACAUCAUAGUGGAACCCGAGUCUCGAAGAAUCGACAGUUUGUGGCCAACACAGCCUCCUUCUUUCAGAGAUGUUCUGAGUGAGUACACGGUCAGGUGCCGGAAUAUCGCCAACCUUUUCCUGGAGAACUUGGCCAAGCUUCUCAAUUUACGCGAGGACUACUUCGUGGACAUGUUCGACGAGGAUUCCUUGACAUACGCCAGGUUUAACUACUACCCUCACUGCCCCAAACCGGACCACGUCCUCGGCAUGAAGCCUCAUACUGAUGCCUCGGUGAUCACAAUCGUCUUCAUCGAUGAUAACGUCAGUGGGCUCCAGCUGCAGAACAACGGUGUCUGGUACGAUGUACCCAUCGUUCCGAACGCACUGCUCGUGAACGUAGGAGAUGUGAUGGAGAUAAUGAGCAAUGGGUUCUUCAAGAGUCCAGUUCACAGGGUAGUGACCAAUGCAGAGAAAGAGCGGCUGUCGUUGGUGAUGUUCUAUACGAUGGGCCCAGAGAGGGAGAUUGAGCCAUUGUCAGAGCUGGUGGAUGAGAAGACACCCGUGCGGUACAGAAAGAUAAAGACUAAUGAUUACAUAGCAACACUAUUUGAAACUUUUGCAAGAGGGACGCUAGCCAUCGAUGCAGUGAAGAUCUGAGUGCAACUCUGAAGUGCAGAAGAUUGAUUAGCUGCAUGGUGAAGUUUCUUCCGUCAAUCUUUAUUUUCUUAUGGGACUGGUUUAUGCUUCAACUUAAUGGAUAAAAGUGUGCUAAGGUGUAUUCAUAUAUAUGGACACUUUGUAUGAUUGUAUCAUCCAAGGACAUGUACGAACAACUUUGUAUGUCUUUUAGUUCAAGUGUUUCCCCCUUCUAGUUUCUUUUA